AGCCGUCCGAAAUUUGAUAGAUGUCUGUCGUACGCCUUUGAAUCGUUGACUCAUGCAAUCUUAGUUUAUCCUGUUACACCUUCUGUUCCUCCACCAUGCCCUCUUACCUCUCCACAGUUUCGGCUGCAAUUCAGCUAGUAGGUUUGACCCUCGUAGCCUGCAAGCCAAUAGCCAUAGACACCCAGGCCAACAUCACUUAUCAAGGCAUCCAGCACAACGGUGUAGAACAGUUCUUGAAUCUUCCAUAUGGCCGAGAUACAGGAGGCCAAAGGCGUUUCUCCAACCCAGAACCUUACGUCUUCCCUCCGAAAACAUUCACAUACGAUGCGACGUUACCUGGUCCUGCCUGUCCGCAAUCCACGGAGCCGAGCUUGAAUCAGAGCGAGGAUUGUUUGAAAUUGAGGGUCGCUAGGUCUGUGGGAGCGAAAGAAGGGGAUAAGUUACCCGUGAUGGUGCUUAUAUAUGGUGGUGGCCUGUUUUCUGGGCAUAUCAACAACCCAGCGUAUGAUCCUGAAAAUCUGAUCCUCCAAUCGGUUCAAAAUGGUUUACCUGUCAUUUACGCGGCUAUGAACUAUCGUUUGAACAUAUUUGGCUUUGCGUCGUCGGAACCGCUUCGAGCCAACAAAUCUUUGAAUCUGGGUCUCAAAGACCAGAGAUUGGCACUUGAAUGGAUACAACAAAACGUUGGUUAUUUCGGGGGCGAUCCUGAGCGUGUCACCAUCUUUGGUCAAAGCUCUGGAGCGUUGAGUGUAACUCUUCAGAUUCUUGCAAAUGGCGGUAGUAAGCCGAUUCCAUUUCACGGCGCAAUCGUGGAAUCGACCGCACUCGAACCAGGCAGCACCAGUAAUAUUACGGUUGACACCUACAAUGCCGUCGUGGAACUGGCCAGCUGCAACAUUGAUCACAAUCCUCAAUCAGCUAGUUCUCUCGAGUGCCUCCGUGCCCUUCCCAUGGAGCAACUUCUGAACAUUACCAUCACUCAACAUGAUUCGACUGCUGAUCAAAACGAUGGAGACACGUACUUACCAACCGUAGAUGGCGACUUCCUCCCACUUGCCUCCUCUGAGCUCACCCAAAAGGGCAUGUUCCCUAAGGUUCCUGUUAUGAUCGGAUGGACGCAGGAUGAUGCCACCCUGUUCACUAACACCAACAUCGAUACUUCCUCCGACACGAGGGAUUUCAUUCACCUCUUCUUCCCGGAUCUUACGAACGCCACGCUGUCAGCUCUCCUCACACUCUACCCCUCGUCCGAUUUUGCUCCCACCACCAACUUCUCCGCAGAAUUCUAUCGAUCUGCAACGAUGUUCCGUGACAUACUCCUCGUCUGUCCCUCCUUCCUUUUCGGCCAUGCCAUGGCCCAAAAGUAUCGAGCCGACAAUGAGACACCGCCCGUGUACUAUUUUGAUCAGAAUCAAACUGUAUACGGGAACUUGAUCGAGGGAUUAGGCGUUGUGCAUUCAGCCGAACUUGCUUAUGUUUUCGCCAACUUCAAGGAUUUGGUAUUUAACUUUACCGGGGAUAUUCACCCUACUCUCGGAGACUUUGAGCUGCGAAAGCGAGAAUCACGAUCUUGGAGCAGUUUCGUGAAUCGAGGUCGGCCGACGGUAGAUGGGCAUGAGACUUUAGAGGGAUGGGAACUGGCGUACGGAAGCGAGGGCGGAAUGUUCGAUGCUAAACUCUAUGUUAUUGGUGGUCCACAUGCGGGAAUUUCAUCUAUCGAUGGAAACGGAGCCGAAUUUGAAGUGGAGAGGCAGAAGCUGAGGUAAAGAUGCGAGUUUUUGAACAGAGAUGAGAUUAUUUCCCAAUUGAAGUAUUAGAUAUAUUAUUCUUUGGUUCUAGAAUCAUUGUGUACGGUUGCUCCCACUAGGAGAAUACUUACCAAAAGAAAAAUGAUUGAUUUCACGU